UGAUGCUGGUCCGCUGGCUGUUUACAUGGUAGGCAGCCAGUGACAUCAGAGUCCGGACUUUAUAAAUGUCAGCAGGAGCAAAAAUGAGCAGUCAGAACCAGCUGCACUGGUCGCAGCACACCGUCACACAGAUUAGCGAGACAGACUGAGCUCCGUCAGCCACACCAGCCCUCAUGGACCGACUGCUGUGCGACUGUGUGACGGCUUUGGCUGUGCUGCUGUGUGUGGCUCCACAGGUGUUGUGCCAGCUGUGCAACAGGCCCUGUCGUUGUCCUGGUCCAGCCCCUCUCUGCCCCUCAGGAGUCCCACUGGUGCUGGAUGGCUGCCGGUGUUGCCAGGUGUGCGCCCGGCAGGAAGGCGAGCCCUGCACCGAGAUGUUUCCCUGCGACGACCGGAGAGGACUGCAGUGUGACUACAGCGCCAGCUUCCCCGGAGACCCCGGGGAGUGUGUCAGUCAGGUGAAUCUGGGCUGUGAAGUCAACGGCAUCACUUACAAAGAGGGCCAGUCGUUUCAGCCCUCCUGUGACUCAUUCUGCCACUGCAGAGGUGGAGGGGUGACCUGUGUGCCAGCUUGCCCUCUCACUGUCCGUCUUCCCACUCCAGACUGCCCCCACCCGCAGCACAUCCGGCUACCGGGGAAAUGCUGCAAGGAGUGGGUGUGUGAAAACCUGGAGAACACAAUCAUUCAGGAUGCCAUCACAGCCAUGAGACCCACCAGGUUGUGGCUAGCCCCCCCGAGGGAUCAACCUCUGAACAAACUAGCCCCACCUGCCUCCACCUGCACAGAGCAGAGCACCCAGUGGAGUGCCUGUUCCCAGAGCUGCGGGGCUGGGGUCUCCACACGCGUUUCCAACCAGAAUCCAGCCUGCAAGCUGCAAAUGGAAACCCGACUUUGUAAAGUGCGGCCUUGCAACGCAGUUCAGCCUGUCCCAAGGAAACCCAUGUGGGGACAGCAGGGACGGUGCAAGGCCAGCUACACAUCACCAGGCCCCAUUCGGCUCGUGCACCAGGGCUGCUACAGCACUCGGGCCUUCAAGCUCCGGUACUGUGGGCAGUGCACAGACUCCCGCUGCUGUACGCCUUUUCAGACCACCACUGCAGAGGUGACCUUCAGCUGCCCCAGCGGCAGGCUGAUACAGCGAGCUGUGAUGAUGAUCCACUCGUGUGUUUGUCACAACAACUGCCCCUAUGCACCUUACAGGAACCCUGCUCUGUGGGGCUUCAGGCCCUGAUUGGCCUGCAUGGGAACUGAUUCCUUCAGAGCCAGAAGACUUCGCUGAGUGAUUCAGAGGCCGGACAGAAGCCUUGUGCAUCGCCAUGUGGAUUCACAGAGGGAUCCUCUGAUCAAUGCACUCUGAAAGGGAAAAUAAUAAUUCUAGGAAAAAUCUGUGAUUGAACAGGGAUGAUUACAAUCAGAAUUUUCAUUCUGAUGUUUUCCUCGUGGUUUUGAUCUUACGAAAGAGUCAACACUAUUUGGUAAAUCUAGAAGAAACAAGGAAACCUAAUUUACAGUUUGUAGCAGCAGGUGUAAAGCUCAUAAAAAAGUUGGUGUUUAGAAAACUGUGCACUGAUUUACCUGUUCAGAGGUGCCUGUACAUUUAAUGCCUUGUAUGUCGAAAUUUAAAGAUCAGUCCUCAAAGUGACAAUAGGGAGGAGCUAAAGUUGGUGCGGGUGAUGUAGUUUUCGUUAAAAGCUGCACGUCUGGUCCAUUUUCAGUCAAGUUUGUGAAAAACUGAGGUUGAGGCUCUCGAACAAAACUGAUAUAUAUAUUGUGCUUUUCUACACUCACUCACUCAAUGAGACAGCCAUCGGGAGCAUUCUGGGGUUCAGUAUUUUGCCCAAGACACUUCAACACAACAUGAUGAUGAUCGAACCACCAACCAUCCGACUGGUGGAUGACGCGCUCCACCUCCUGAGCCACAGCAGCCCCACACGAUACAACCAGGGUUUACUGUUUCCGCCUGUUUGGGAUCUGAUUCUUGCAUUGUUCCUCAGUUGGAACAAGCAGGUCUGAACUCCGCUGAAAAUUUAUGUUGAGAUUGGAAGUAACUUCAAAUCUGAGUAAUCCUGCAUAACCAUAUCUGAACCAAGAGACUGAAAUUCAAACUGUUUUUUCAAACCUAGUAUAAGCAUGAAUUGAGGACAGUUGGCCAUGAUGUUAAUUUGGUCAUAAAGUUUUCAGACAUAUUUACACUGCUAACUGCUAUCUCUUUAAAUUACAGACUUAGAAAUUCUGUUUAUUUUGUAGAAACUGACACCAGCCUUUGUGCUGACAGAUGCUGUUUUCUGAUGUGAGCAAUGCAGCUUUAAACUUGUACAGUUUUGUUUGUGUGUUUUGUGUUCUAACGACAUUGCACUUGCUUUUUUGUUUUAUGUUUUGUUGUAAAUAAUUCUGGACAGAUUUCUACUAUGUAUUAUGAAAAAAAUGUUGCAGUAUUUUUUCGUUCUAAUGAUAUUUUUCUUGUAAUAGUAUUUACAUAUUUAUAUAGUCAUUUUGUACAUACUGUGGCUUUUUACAUACUUUUAUCUGAUGUUUUAGUUCAUCAUUCAUCCAUAAUGAUUGUACAGUACGUUUUCCUCUUACUGAUGAGCUGUCAAAACUUUGAAGAACAUAAAAAUACACAGAUGUCAUUUCAUAUGAAAAAUGAAGUCCAAUUAAUUAAGAAAAUGAUGUUGUUGUUAUGAUGAUGUCUUCUUUGGAAGUCUGCACUUCUGCAUACACCCAUUGUGCAUCCAAAGGCUUUUUUAUUCAGAGCAGAUGACCUUGUUAGUCAUGCUGACAUCUGGUGGACAAAAUAAUUUACCGCUGAGGCUGAAGGCAGCAGGAGUUCUGUCACCAGCAUCGUGGGACCAGAAGGGUGCAUUCUGAAGCGAAGACCGGGUGUGAGUUGCAUUUCAAGAACAAAGCAAACCGUUUAAAAUGGGCUUUAAGACGUGUCUCUUGUCCUUGUAUACUCGUUCCUGUGCAACAGUCCUAACCACUCAGAGCUGGUUGAAAUCACAGUGAAAAGACAGUGAAAGCUGUCAAAUGAAUUCAGGAAUACAAACCAAAUCUUGGACAAACUAAAGUUUAGCCGUGAUGUUGGUGGCUCUAUAAAAAAGUAUUGGGAUCAAUAAAAACAUAAAAGCAUAAAUAAA